UUCUUCUGUUCUGUGAUGAGGCUUUGGUUAGGGUUUCAGUUUGAUUCGAUUUGAAGAUGGUGAAGUUUCGUUUCUGAUUUCAUUAGUUGUUGUGAUUCUUUAAGCUGACUUACUUACAUAGGGUUCGAAGCUCCUGAAACUCGACCGUUUUGUAGCGCAGAGAGAAAUGUCGAGGCCACAGGUCACGAUAACCCUGGGGCGUAGUGGUCAGGUUGUAAAGAGGCCGGGACAGGGAUUGGAUAGUGGUCGUUCUGAUCAAGUUCGACCUUCCGGGGGUAAGCGAUCGAUAAGGGAGAGACUGGGUAGUAAUGUGGAGAAUCCAUCGCUAUAUGGGAACCAAUCCAAAAGUAAACGACAAAGGAGAGAGAGUAAAAAGUGGAGUCCGAGUGAUCAUGAUAUGGAUGAUGGUCGAAUCGGCAGAGAUGACUUGCGAUUUAAGCUGAUGCGGAAGAACAUGUCUAGGGGCAGUAGGAGUGAGAACGAAGGACAUAACAUGGAUCUCCGUCAAAAGCUGUCUAGAACAGAACAGUCAGCAAUGGCGGCUACUCAUUCAUAUCAACGUAUGCCUGACCCAAAGGCCAACGGCCUUGUGAGGCGUAUUCCCCCGACAAGGAGUGCAGAUGAUUUGCUCCGUAUGGACUCAUUGAGAAAAUCCUACUCAUCAUGGACUUUGGAUGGAUUGAGACGGAGAUCCCCUGAAAGAAUUUUAGGGACUUCUAGGGGUCUCUCUCCUCCACGGAGCAUGGGUGAUAUCCGGCAGGGGCCAUCAAUGAGACCUGUGGAUGCCUCUAGACCACUUUAUAUGGGCAAAGAUAUUCUCAAUACUUCCAGAUCUACAGGUCCUAUACAUUAUAUGACAAAACCUAGCGUAGCUCUUGAUCCUGCAAAACCUGUUGCACGACUCCCUCCUCCAAGUGGCAUCAUGCAGAAGGCUUCGUAUACGGGCGAGGAACCACAUACUGUCGGCAGCCUUUUGCAUUCACUGGGUCUGGGGAAAUAUGCUAUCCUCUUUCAGGCUGAGGAAGUAGACAUGACUGCAUUGAGGCAGAUGGGGGACAAUGACCUCAAAGAGCUGGGAAUACCCAUGGGUCCAAGAAAGAAGAUUCUUCUUGCUGUCAUGCCACCUUCCAAACGACAGCCUUGACUAGUAAAACUUCAAUUGCAACACAUACAAAGCCACAUUCUUUCUAUGAUUGGUGACCAUAGCAAGAGCCUUUCAUAUCAGCAGAUUACUCAACAUUGACUUUUCUUUUGAAUAUUGGUGGAAGUACCAAUGAGUCGACUGAGGGACAGAGCAUUGAAUCCUUCCAUCUCCGGUGGAGCUUAAAGAGCUAAAUAGUGUUGAAUCCCUGUUGAUAGAUCUGAAGCAAAUUAUGUGUAGAUGUACAAUGAGCAAAUGUUAUUGUACCUUGUUGCACCAAGUUUUUCCCCCUUUUCCUUUAAAAUCUAGGAUGAAAAAAUUAGAUUCGUUAAUUGAUUUUUGGGGACGACAGUGGAAUUUGUAGCUUUAUCAAAGAUGUGUAGAUAUGGUUUCCUCGUUUGUUUUAUCAUCGAGAGCAAGUCUUCUCC